AUGAACAGGAAGGAGAAUAUUCUGAGUCGCUCUAUCUUUGGUUUGUAUCAUACCGAAGUUCGUCCCUAUAAAUUUAACAUACUUGGUGUAAAUAAUUCAGAACGAGAUAAUGAUGAUGGCGCACGCCUGUUGAAAGUUCGCUUUAUUCCAAGCACUGAAAAUCUGUGCCGGGAAUUCUGCAGAGUCCCUAAGCUAAGCUCGUCAAGUGAUGAAAGUUCUUGCUCUCCCAUUAGUCAAGAAACUUCAGUUGAUGUGAAUCAUUUUUCCGCAGUACGUUCAGCAAUUUCUGGAGAUUCACUGCAAUUGCUAUACUUGAUCAACAUUUUGAAAGUAUCUGUUAAUUCUUCAAAUUUACAAGGCAUAACUUUACUGCAUUGGGCUACUGCAAACGAUCAUGUUGCUGUUGCUCGGCUGUUGUUGAGUCUUGGUGCUAAUCUCCUACUUAUUACUAUAAAGGGUCGUUCCGUACUCCAUACUGCUGCUUGCAAUGGUGCUGCAAAUUGCUUGAAGUUGUUUUUAAAAGUUUCUUUUGAACAAGAAAAGACGGAUAAUAUGAAGAAAAAUUAUGGAACGUCGUAUAAAUUCAUAUUGCAACGUGACUUAAAUGGCGAUAGUUUAUUGCAUUUGGCAUGCAGAUUACGCAAAAAACGUUGUUUAAAAAUUAUAUUGAGCUACAUCAUGAAAUAUUUUGGAUGGAUAGUGGUGGAAGAGAUGCUGCAACAGUGCAAUCAAGACAAUCAAACACCGAUACAUGUAGCCUGCCUUUGGAACAAUGUGGAAGCUGCUAAUUUGUUACUAACUGAUAAUCUUAAUAAAAUCGUUAACAAGAUCUAUAAUUCGACGAAGAGAACUGACGUUGCAAUUGCUCUUAAGGAAGCAUCGAGGCGGUCGCUUUUCUGGCAAAUUGGGCGGGGCAUAGUGCUUCAUGAAAUGGCGGCAAUGAAAUGCAGUUUUGCUUGUUUCACUAAAUCAUUACUGGAACAUAAUAAUAAGCUGGAAACAACAGAUCUGAAAAUGUAUUUACUUGGUGGGUGCACAACGGUUGAAACCUUCGAAAAAAGAUGUCCUCAAUGUGAUAAAGCACAGUUGGAGGUGGCAAGGGUAAUUCUUAGAUGCUGUCCUGAAUUGGUCCUUUUGCGAAAUGUGUUGGGACAAACAGUGCUGAUGUGUUCAGUAAUCAAUGAUGCAGUUUCACUUACCAAGGCUCUUUUGGUUUAUAGAGGUGGUAAGAAGCAGUGGUUAAAUAAGCAGUUGAAGUCCAUAGAUUCGGAUUUCCAUACAGCACUGCAUCAUGCAGCGGUUGGAGGUAAAUUACGCCAAAUCGUGCUACUUUUGGAAUGUGGUGCAUCAGUAACAAGACAAGAUAGUUACGGAGCAACCCCGAUGCACUAUGCUGCUAUUCGUGGAUUUUGUGCCACACUUAGGCUCUUGUACGAAGCCAAUAAAUUCACUGAUGAAGUUCGUACAAAUAAUGGUCACAGUGCACUUAUGUGGGCAGCAAUGAAUGGUAUGGAUAUGUCGAUACGCACCAUGAUCGAUGCAAACUCUGUAAUAAAUCAGGAGGAUUGUGACACUCUAGGCUGCACUGCACUGCAUUUAGCUGCUGCAGGUGACCAUGUUGAGGUCAUCAAUACGUUAUUGUUCUUCAAAUGGAAUGUUGAGAAGCGAAAUAAGCUUGGCGAAACUCCUCUUGUAGUGGCAGCAAAAAAUGGUAGUGCAAAAGCUGUACGACGUUUUCUGCAUGCUGGUGUUGAUUACUCCAGUCAAGACAGGUUCAACAACACAGCUCUUCAUAUGGCGGCAGAUUCGGAUAGCAAGAAAGAAACCCUUCGCCAGCUCUUGCAUUAUUUAAAGGAUUCAUCCUUGUUAAAUAUGAGAAAUGACAUGGGGCAAACGCCACUACAUCGCGCUACUGAACAUAGCGCCGUGCAAUGCGUACGAUAUUUGUUAAGAUGUGGGGCAGAUCCCCUGAUAAGAGAUAAUCGUGGAUGGGAUCCUCUGAUGGUUGCAAUACAACAGGGUUGCUGGUCUACAAUCAUUUUAAUGCUCAAGAAUUCAUCAAAUAUUAAUUGCUAUUCGGCUGCCGACAACCAAACAACAUUAUCAUUAGCUUUAGAAAACAAGAACUAUAUUCUUGCCUCAUUUUUAGAAACGAACGGUGCACUGUUAGCCAGUGAAAUACAAGAUAUGGCUGCACGAAUAAUUCAACGCUGGUAUCGCGCUCGAAGCGCCUCUCGAUGUUACUGA